AUGAAUUCUUUUUUUCUCCUUACUCUCCUUACUCUCCUUUUUCUCCUUACUCUCCUUUUUCUCCUUACUCUCCUUUUUCUCCUUACUCUCCUUUUUCUCCUUACUCUCCUUUUUCUCCUUUUUCUCCUUACUCUCCUUUUCUCCUUUUUUUCUCCUUACUCUCCUUUUUUCUCCUUUACUCACCUUUCUCACCUUUCUCUCCUUUCUCUCCUUUCUUUUCCCUUUUUCUCCUUUCUCUCCUUUCUCUUCUUUCUUUUCCCUUUUUCCUUUCCUUUUCCUUUUUUCUUUCUUCCUCUUCCUCAUUUCUCUUCUAUUUUACUGCCUAUAUCUAAUAUGACCCUUUCUAUCCUUCUUUGUUUCGCACUCUCCUCUCUCUCCCUCUCUCUCUCUGUUUUACUCUAUUCUCCCCCUCUCUCUCCGUUUUACUCUGUUCUCCCCCCCUCUCUCUCCGUUUUACUCUGUUCUCCCCCCCUCUCUCUCCGUUUUACUCUGUUCUCCCCCUCUCUCUCCGUUUUACUCUGUUCUCCCCUCUCUCUCCGUUUUACUCUGUUCUCCCCCCUCUCUCUCCGUUUUACUCUGUUCUCCCCCCUCUCUCCAUUUUACUGUUCUCCCCAUCUCUCUGUUUUACUCUAUUCUCCCCUCUCUCUCUCUCCCCCCCUCUCUGUUUUUCUCUGUUCUCCCCCCUCUCUCUCUCUCUCUUUUUCUCUGUUCUCCCCUCUCUCUCUCUCUCUCUGUUUUACUCUGUUCUCCCCCCCUCUCUCUCUGUUUUACUCUGUUCUCCCCCCUCUCUCUCUCUCUGUUUUACUCUGUUUCCCCCUCUCUCUCUCUCUCUCUCUCUAUUCUCCUCCCCCCUCUCUCUCUCUCUCUCCUCCCCCCCCUCUCUCUGGGUUUUACUCUAUUCUCCUCCCCCCUCUCUCUCUCUCUCUCUGCUAUUUUCUUGCCCAUCGUGUUUUUUUUUUUUUUUCGCAUCCCCCUGUAUUUUUUCUCUCUCUUUUUAUCUUCCUUCACCUUUUCCCCACUGUCUUUUUUUUAUCUUCCUUCACCUUUUCCCUUUCUGCCUUUUUUUAUUUUCCUUCACCUUUUCCCUUUGUGGCUUUUUUUAUCUUCUUUCAUCUUUUUCCCUUUGUGCCUUUUUUUAUAUCUUCCUUCACCUUUUUCCUCUGUGUCUUUGUUUUUAUCUUCCUUCACCUUUUCUCUCUGUGUCUUUUUUAUCUGCCUUCACCUUUUCCUUCUAUGACACAAAAGGAAAAAGACAACGAGUCUUUCUCUUUUGACUUUCGCGACGUUUCUUUUCGUUUCGUCUUUCUGUUACUUGUUUCUCGUUCCGUCUUGUCUCUACGUCUCUCGUUUCUUUUUCGUCUCUUGUUUCUUUUUCGUCUCUGCGUCUCUCGUUUCCUUUUCGUCUCUCGUUUCCUUUUCGUCUCUCGUUUCCUUUUCGUCUCUCGUUUCCUUUUCGUCUCUCGUUUCCUUUUCGUCUCCUUUUCGUCUCUCGUUUCCUUUUCGUCUCCUUUUCGUCUCGUUUCCUUUUCGUCUCUCGUUUCUUUUUCGUCUCUUUUCCGUCUCUCGUCUCUCGUUUCCUUUUCGUCUCUUUUUCGUCUCUUGUUUCUUUUUCGUCUCUUUUUCGUCUCUCGUUUCUUUUUCGUCUCUCGUUUCCUUUUCGUCUCUUUUUUGUCUCUCGUUUCUUUUUUGUCUCUUGUUUCUUUUUCGUCUCUGCGUCUCUCGUUUCUUUUUCGUCUCUCGUUUCCUUUUCGUCUCUUUUUCGUCUCUCGUUUCUUUUUUGUCUCUUGUUUCUUUUUUGUCUCUUGUUUCUUUUUCGUCUCUUGUUUCUUUUUCGUCUCUUGUUUCUUUUUCGUCUCUUGUUUCCUUUUCGUCUCUUUUUUGUCUCUUGUUUCUUUUUCGUCUCUGCGUCUCUCGUUUCUUUUUCGUCUCUGCGUCUUUCGUUUCAUUUCUUCACUACGUCUCUCGUUUCGUCUCUGCAUCUCUCUUUUCCUCUUGUCUGUUUUGUCUCUCUCCUUAACGUUUUUGUCAGACAUUUUAUUUUUUUUUUCUGUUUUUUCUCCUUUUUUCUUUUUUUUCCUCCUUUUCCUCCCUCUUUUCCAUCUUUCCCUCCUCUUUUCCUUUCUUUCCCUCUUUUUCCUCCCUCUUUCCCUCCCUCUUUUUCCUCCCUCUUUUUCCUCCCUCUUUCCCUCCCUCUUUUUCCUCCCUCUUUCCCUCCCUCUUUUUCCUUUCUUUUUCCUCUUUCUUUCCCUCUUUUUCCUCCUCUCACCCUUUUUUCUCAGUUUUCCUCCUCUUUUUUUAUUUUGUUCCAUUUGA